AUGUGCUUGCAUGAUUGGAGGAGACCGAAAGUACUUGCAAUCACACUUGAUAAUGCAAGUUCUAAUAACGGAACAGUUUCUUAUUUGAAGAAAAAAACCAAGUAUAGGAAGGACACUGUUUUGGAACAUGAAUUAUUGCAUGUUCGGUGUUGUGCCAACAUCCUAAACUUAAUUGUCCGUGAAGGGUUGAGGGAAUUUGAUGAGUCUAUUGUGAAUGUGAGAUGUGUUGUGAAAUAUGUUAAGUCAUCACCUCAAAGGUGGAAUACAUUUAUGAAAUGUAUUUGGUUGGAAGAAAUUGCAAGCAAAAGUGACAUUUAUUUAGAUGUACCGACUAGGUGGAACUCCACCUAUCUUAUGUUGGAAUGGGCUUUAAAAUUUCGAAAAACUUUUGAACGGUUGGAAGAAGAAGAUUCGGGGUUCCUUAGAGGUGUUGGAGACUAUGAUGACGAUGAUGAUCAAAUUGGUGAUGUGGUGAAUAGGAGAACAUCAAAGAAGUUAGGGCCUCCCAAUAAUAACGAUUGGAAGAAGUAUAAGAUGCGAUAUUUUGACUUUGCAUUGGAAUGCAUGUAUGCCAAUGAUCCCACAAAAGCUGUUGAUUUGAGUUGGAAGGUUAAAAAUGCUUUAAUCCGCAUGUAUGAGGCAUAUGCUGAUAAUGAGAGAGGCAACAAUUCUGAUCUACAACAGCAGCGCACAAGUCCCCCACGUGAAGAAGUAAAUUCUACAGAUGGUAGUGGUAGUGGUAGAGUUGAUAGGACGGCAGAAAGAAUGACUAUAUUCAAGCAACGGUUACAGUCAGAAAACACUUUGGAGAGCAAGAAUGAGGUUGAUAGAUACCUAGCUGAAAGUUGUGAUGAGGCAUUCCUAAGUUUUGACAUUCUUAUUUGGUGGAGGGUUAAUUCAGUUAGAUAUCGUGUACUUUCAAAAGUUGCACGAGAUGUAUUCACAAUACCGAUAUCUACAAUAGCCUCUGAAUCUACAUUUAACAUGGCGGGUCGUGUCCUUGAUCCUUUUCGAAAUAGUUUAUCUCCAAUGAUGGUUGAGGCUCUAAUUUGUACAUAG